CAUUUGGGGGAUAUCUGUACUGUCCUGACAUUUGGGGAUAUCUGUACUGUCCUGACAUUUGGGGGAUAUCUGUACUGUCCUGACAUUUGGGGGGAUAUCUGUACUGUCCUGACAUUUGGGGAUAUCUGUACUGUCCUGACAUUUGGGGGAUAUCUGUACUGUUCUGACAUUUGGGGGAUAUCUGUACUGUUCUGACAUUUGGGGGAUAUCUGUCCUGUCCUGACAUUUGGGGGAUAUCUGUCCUGUCCUGACAUUUGGGGGAUAUCUGUACUGUUCUGACAUUUGGGGGAUAUCUGUACUGUCCUGACAUUUGGGGGAUAUCUGUACUGUUCUGACAU